AUGUGGAUAGGAAAGGGUCAUGUGGAGAAGAAAGCCGCGAUGAGGAAUGGAUUGGUCGCCGUCGCCAUCGACAGGGACAAAGGUUGCCAAUACGCCAUCCGUUGGGCCGUCGAUAAUAUCCUCUCCAAGGGCCAAACCGUCAUCCUCAUCCAUGUCCACCAAAACUCCGCCUCCGCUCCCAGUAAGUUACCAUGCUACAUUCUUCAUUUUCUCUUUCUGAUCUCGUCGCCGCACAAGCAGGAGUUACAGAAGCUAAACAAAGACCUGUUUCUCACUUUCCAUUGUUAUUGCACCCGAAAAGAUAUACAUUGCCUAGAUGUCAUACUGGAGGACAUGGACGUGGCCAGAGCAAUUACAGAAUAUGUCUCUUACGCCGGGAUAGAGCUCUUGGUUCUCGGCGCUUCGCAUCGUCAUGGCUUCAUCAGAUUAAAGCACGUAAACAUCCCAAGCAGCGUAUCAAAAGGGGCACCGGAUUUCUGCACGGUUUACGUCAUCUCCAAAGGAAAGGUCUCUUCCGUGCGGAAUGCUUCUCGUCCAUCUCCUCAUGCCUCCCCUCUUCUUGACCAAAUACAGAACCUUAACGAACAGACAGCCGGUUCGGAAAAACACCUGCAUAACAGUUUAAAAGGUUCGUUUAGGCGAAAAUGUAGACUGUUGAAGCCUCUAUUAUUUGCAGAUCAAACAUCAAUCAAGUCGCCAUUGGAUAAAAGAAGAGGCUCAUCAGCAUAUGCAGCAGGGAUGAUGCCAGAAGUAGAAACUGACAUAUCGUUCAUCAGCUCUGGAAGAUCAAGCACAGAUCAACCAUCCUCCUCACUCUAUGACCGAAUGGACUCCUUUCACCCCGCCAGGCUCUCCGCCAGCCCAGAUAGGUCAUCCAUUCAUUCACUGCAGAAAUAUAUCGAUUUCAGUUCAUCAUAUGAAUUGUCACCGAUCUCCCAAGAGAGUGCGCGAACAUCAUGCUCGUACUCAUCACAGAAUCUGGAUGAUGUAGAAAUUGAAAUGAGGAGGCUAAAGUUAGAAUUGAAGCAAACAAUGGAGAUGUACAGUACGGCAUGCAGGGAGGCACUGGUGGCAAAACAAAAGGCAAUGGAGCUGCAACGCUGGAGAUUCGAAGAAGAGCAGAAACUGGACGAGGUGCAACAUGCCAAGGAAAAUGCUCUGUCAAUUGCAAAGAUAGAAAGAGCUAAGUACAAAGCAGCCCUUGAAGAAGCAGAGGCAGCACAGAGAAUUGCAGAGCUGGAAGCACAAAGGAGACUGAAUGCAGAAAUGAAAGCUCUCAGAGAGGCAGAAGAGAUAAAGAAGGUAUUGGAUGAACUGCAGCACAGCGAUGCAAGAUACAGGCGAUACACAAUUGAAGAGAUUGAAGCUGCAACAAAUUUCUUUGCCAAGUCUCACAAGGUUGGCGAGGGAGGUUAUGGCCCAGUGUUCAAGUGUUACCUAGAUCAUACACCAGUUGCAGUUAAAGUUUUGCGUCCAGAUGCAGUCCACGGAAGGUCGCAGUUUCAACAAGAGGUGGAAGUACUUAGCCGCAUAAGGCAUCCCAACAUGGUGCUUCUCUUAGGAGCCUGCCCAGAGUACGGGUGUCUAGUGUAUGAGUACAUGGCCAAUGGAAGCUUAGAGGAACGUCUUUUCAAGCGAGGCAAGUCCCCCGUUCUGUCUUGGCAACUUAGAUUCAGAAUUGCUGCAGAGAUAGCCACAGGCCUCCUGUUCAUCCAUCAGACAAAGCCAGAGCCUCUAGUCCAUCGUGACCUCAAACCUGGCAACAUUUUGCUUGAUUACAACUAUGUCAGCAAAAUUAGCGAUGUUGGAUUGGCUAGGCUGGUUCCUCCAUCAGUUGCUGAAAGUGUAACACAGUACCGAAUGACUUCGACCGCAGGCACUUUCUGCUACAUCGAUCCCGAGUAUCAGCAAACAGGGAUGCUAGGCGUGAAAUCCGAUGUUUAUUCUUUCGGAAUCGUGCUUCUGCAACUAAUCACGGCAAAAUCACCAAUGGGCAUCACUCACCACGUCAGCAAGUCCAUCGAGAAAGGAAACUUCUCAGAGAUGCUAGACCCUGACGUACCUGACUGGCCAGUUGAGGAGGCUUUGUCCCUUGCACAGAUAGCUCUCCAAUGUGCUGAGAUGAGGAGGAAAGACCGGCCGGAUCUCGGCAAGGUUGUUUUGCCAGAACUCAACAAGCUUAGAGAUUUCGCUGACGAGAACUUGCAGCACUGCUCAAUAUUGGGUGGCAGUGCACUGCCGUCCCCUCAUCACUCUCACAUUUCCACAUCUCAGCAAAUAAUCACUGAUCCCUAA